AUGACAUGCCUGCUCGUGCCGGCUGUCGCAUGCGCUGCCCGCGCCCCCGCCGGACAUAAAACCACCGGCCACGGUCACCAGCAGCCCAAGAUAGGAGUCACGCGUGGCGUGAGAAGCAAGGUGUCUGCCGCCAGGGCCGGAAUGGACGGCGGCGCUCCCCCGGCCAUCGCACCGGACGCCGUCAUCAACCUCGAGCUCGGCGACCCGACCAUGUACGAGGCGUUCUGGAGGGAGGUCGGGGAGCGGGCGGCGGUGGCGAUCCCGGGGUGGUCCGGGAUGAGCUACUUCUCCAAUGCCCAGAGCCUCUGCUGGUUCCUCGACCCGGAGUUCGAGCGCGAGGUCCGCCGCGUCCACCGCCUCGUCGGCAACGCCGCGGUUGACGACGGCUACCACCUCGUGGUCGGCACCGGCGCCACCCAGCUCUUCCAGGCGGCCAUGUACGCCCUGUCUCCCGCCGGCGCCCAACGGCCCGUCGGCGUCGUCUCGCCGGCGCCCUACUAUUCGUCGUACCCGCCGCAGACGGACCUCCUGCUCUCGGGUUUCUACCGGUGGGCCGGCGACGCCAACGCCUUCGACGGCGAUGCCCACAUCGAGCUGGUCUGCUCGCCCAACAACCCCGACGGCGCCAUCCGCGAGGCCGUCCUGAGCUCCGAGUCCAGCAAGGCGAUCCACGACCUGGUGUACUACUGGCCCCAGUACACGCCCAUCACCGGCGCCGCCGCCCACGACAUCAUGCUCUUCACCAUGUCCAAGGUCACCGGCCACGCCGGCGCCAGGCUCGGGUGGGCGCUCGUCAAGGACCGCGACGUGGCCAAGAAGAUGGUCUACUUCGUGGACCGGAGCACCAUCGGCGUGUCCAAGGACUCGCAGGUCCGCGCCGCCAAGAUCCUCGCGGUGGUCUCCGACGCCUACGGCCCCGGCGAGGACGACACGCGGCUCCGCCUCUUCGACUUCGCGCGGCGGCGCAUGGGGGAGCGCUGGCGGGUCCUGCGCGCCUCCGUGGCGGCCACCGGCGCCUUCAGCCUCCCGGAGGAGACCGCCGGCUACUGCAACUUCACCAAGCAAACCGUGGCAGCUUACCCCGCGUUCGCGUGGCUGCGCUGCGAGAAGGCUGGCGUGGAGGAAUGCGCCGAGUUCCUGCGCGGCCACAGCAUCGUGGCGCGGGGCGGGGAGCAGUUCGGGGGAGACGCCAGGUGCGUCAGGGUCAACAUGCUGGACAGGGACAGUGUGUUCGACGUGCUCAUACAGCGCCUCUCCUCCAUAACAUGA